GUGAAGGACAGCAAAUAAACCGGUAUUUGAGCCGGCCGGUUUUUAUCAUUUGUUAGCAUUUAUUCACUUUUAUUUUCCCAUUGACUUUUAAAUUAAUACAUGGACAGUCGACAUCUCGUCACUGACAGUCUUUCUUGUCUUUAGUAAAUGAAUGAAAUUUUGGCAAAAUGUGUCAAGAAGAAAAACGAAAAGAUAAAUUAGCUGAAUAUUCUUGGGAAGAAAUUCGGCAGCAUGCGACAAAGACAGACCGGUGGCUGGUUAUUGAAGGUAUUGUAUAUGAUGUCAGUAUUUGGGCCAAGAAGCAUCCAGGCGGUGAAAGAAUCAUCGGAAACCACGCAGGCGAAGAUGCUACGGAUGCUUGGACAGCCUUUCACGCUGAUAAGAAAAUGGUGAUGAAGUAUUUGAGACCAUUGAUGGUUGGUCGUCUACGACCCGAAGAUGAUUAUGAGGCAGAUUUACAGAAAGAUUUCCGUAGUUUACGAAGACAAGUAGAGGAAAUGGACAUGUUUAAACCCAGCAAAUUAUUUUUUGCCCUGACAUUAGGACAGUUGGUGGUGUUCGAGAUGCUUGCUGUAGCUAUAUUUUGGUAUUUUGGAACUGGUAUAAUACCAUAUCUACUCGCAUCCGUAUUUCUAGUCACAGCUCAGGCUCAAGCAGGAUGGUCACAACAUGAUUUUGGUCAUCUUUCUGUAUUUAAAUCUUCUAAAUGGAAUCAUCGUAUACAUAUAUUUAUCUUAAAUGUCUUCAAGGGGGCAUCAUCAUCAUGGUGGAAUUAUCGUCAUUUUCAACAUCAUGCCAAACCUAAUAUUAUCAGAAAGGAUCCAGAUAUUAGAUUGGACUAUCUGUUUAUGGUAGGCAAGACUUUACCAAUCGAGUGGGGCAAGAAGAAGAAAGGAUUUAUGCCUUACAAUAAACAACAAACUUAUUUCUAUUUUGUUCUACCACCUUUGUUGUUACCAAUCUACUUCAACUUCGAAAUUCCAUAUUUUCUCAUGAAAACAAAAAACUAUUGGGAAAUAUUUUGGAUGUAUUCAUUUUUUGCUCGAUAUCUACUGAUGUUCUAUCCAUUUGUUGGUUUUUGGGGAACUUUUAUAUUGUACUUCUUUGUCAGAUUUUUGGAAAGCCAUUGGUUUGUCUGGACAACACAGAUGAACCAUAUACCAAUGGAGGUUGAUAAAGAGAAAGGACGAGACUGGGUAACCAUGCAACUUGCUGCUACAUGUAAUGUUGAUCCAUCAUUCUUUAAUGAUUGGUUCAGUGGACAUCUUAAUUAUCAAAUAGAGCAUCAUUUAUUUCCUUCUAUGCCACGCCACAAUCUUGCUAAGGUGAUGCCACUGUGUAAAUCAUUAUGUAAAAAACAUGGUAUAGAAUAUACCAGUAAACCAUUGUUAACAGCAUUUAAAGAUAUAGUUGGUUCAUUAAAGGAAUCUGGUGAAUUAUGGUUUGAAGCUUACAACAUGUAAUCAAGAUACAGAUUUCUACUCCCUAUUCAUUUCAUAGUAUUUCAAUUUAAUUUAUGGUCACAGACAAGUAAUUACUUCUUUAUGUUGGUACCCUCGAUUUGUAGUUCCUCUAUAUUACUAAUUCUGUCUUUCUCCCUUUUCCCCUGUUUUUCAUGGGAAUUUUUGUUGACUUUUGGGGACAACUAAAAUCAAAGUAGAGUGUUUGAAUUUCCAUUUUCUGACAGAUUUUGGUGAAUAUUCACGACUUUGGGGAGGAAAGAUCAGGCAUAUGAAUUAGAGUGAUACCACUGCCUGUAGAUUGCUUUGACCAGUCUUAGCGAAAAUCGAAAUGGUCAGCCCCUUUCAAUAUUUUUAUCAGAUGAUCGUGACAUAUUGAACUGGACAAAGAAUUACUAGGCUGAAUCCUGCGGGUUAACAGACAAAACAAGAGUUACGCCCCUUUAUACCACACUCACUGAUAAAUGAACAGGAUAUCUUUUACAAGAUCAAUGAGCUGCCGUUCUGGAGAUUUUAAAUCUAGAUCAACCUGUUAUGUUAUGUUAUGUCAAAAAUAUCCCCCCCCCCCCGGUGAAAAGUGCUAACAUAUCUGAACAGUGUCAUUAAUUUAUAAAGUGUGUCUGGAUAUAAGCAUGUCUAUAAGACACACAAUGUUUGAAGUGAUGUAUUUCAAGUUUAAUUUUGUAUUCUCUUUAUCUAGACCAUAUGAAAUAACAAAAUCUUCUGGUCAUAGGUCAAAGUUGUUAGUGGUGUUUUUCAUUUUUUGUUAUAUUAUUAAUCAGAAUAAGCUAUUUCCUGAAAAUUAUAGACUGGAAAAAUGGGGAAAAGCUUUGUAUGAUCUAGUCUACAAGAAAAUAUAUUUAGAACAUGUGUUGUUGUUUUUUUUUUUAGUUGUUCAUAGUCAGUGAAGACUAUUAUUGUGAAAAAUACAGAAAAUAUAUUUCCCAUUUAAUUUAAAAUCUUCUUUUGUAGAAAUAAUAUUGAAAUGGUGUAAAAUUGAUGGUAAAAUUAUUAUUAAUCAAAUGAAGUAUACCCCUUUAAUCAAACUGAUUACAAGGACAAAUAUAAUAUGCUUGUUUCUUGAAUAGUUUUAUAUCCACAUUCCAUGAAUAUAUUUUGUUAUGGAAAAUCAAAUAGUGCUAAAAUGAUUAUUUAUUAUAAAUAAAGAUCUAUAUCUAUUAAUGUUCCCACUGAUACAUCCAUUCAACAAUUCUUCUACAUGUUUAAUGUUUUUAAGAUAUUUUUGUAGAACUUUCAGUAAUUGUUUGACUAUAUAUAUAUAAGGAGGUUCUCUCUAAAUACAAUAUUAUUAAUCUUGCCACGUUGGCCCAGGGUCAACCACAAAGCUACUGGUGGAUGUAUUUGUAUGUCCACAAUAUAUAUAAUAUAUUGUAGUAGUCAGCCCCUUGUUUCUUUCAUCUACAGAUUCAAAAGUUAUUUUCCAAUUAAUAUCCAAUAUUUAUGUUCAUUGACAUUAAAUGCAGUCCAAUAUUGAUUCAGUAAUUAAUUUCAGAUCUAUUGCCCUUGAUCAUCAAAUUGAUUUGAAAUUUAUACACAAUUUGACCUGUUUGAAAACCUCUACGACAGACUGAACUUUAUAAAUGUUAUGAGAUAAUUUUCAACAAUUUGUAAUAAUUACUUAAAGAGUUAUUGAUCUUGAUUGCUAUGAAAAAUCUUGUUGAUACUCUAGCAACUAAUACUUCUAACAGAUUUGCUUAUAAUUUAACGCAUUGUAAAUACUAGUGAGAAUAAAAAGUUUAUUGAUUUCAAUGUGUUCAUAAUAACCGGUGAUCAAAUAAUGUUAUAUAUUUAUGUAAAAAAAAUACCGGUUUUGUUUUAACAUUAUGUUUAACAUUAAUUACUUGUAAAAUGAAAUAUGGUAUUAAAGUUUUUGAUCCUUA